CACGACAGUGGAGUUGACAUGACUGCCGAUGCCGACAACACGAAUGAACAAGCGGCAAGCAAAGCAUCAAACACCGAUGCAUGUGAGGUCCUACAGAAAUGGAUCAUGGCACCUCUUGCAGAUGUCUUGGACAAGAGUGAGAUGUUGGAAAAGCACAAAACAGUACAAGAUUGGUACCACUGUCCCACAAAACUCUACCAACUAUCCGUCUCCAAUGGCAAACUCAUUGGCCGAGAAGAGGAACCCGCAACCGCCGACCUCGACGACCGCAUGGCCGCCUGGAUCCCGGACAUGCCGUUACCGAAAUACCUCCGCGACCUAUCCAUCGACAUGAUUCCCGCCUCGGAGGUCCACAUACUCUCUGAAAGCACCGACCCAGAACCCAUCCAUCCGGCACUCGUCGAAGUCCACGGCGAACAAUUCUUCCUCAAAGUCGUCGAUAUGAACCAGCUCCAACCGACAAAACGCGAGAUCCAUCUGAUGAAGCGCAUGGAGAAGAAAGGGCUCCACGAACAAUUCCGAAUGCCCAAGAUCCGCGGCCUAGUCACAUUUGCUUCUACAGACAAGAAAGAGAAGAAAAAGAAACAAAACAAUUCCAGCAUCAUGGGCUUCCUCAUGACCGCCAUCUCCAACCCGACCCCGCUCACCCACAAACUCGACCCUGCCAUCUCCCAGUCCCAACGGGACACUUGGGCCAACGAGUGCGCCCGCAUUGUCAAAAUCCUGCACGACAACAAGAUCAUCUGGGGUGAUGCCAAGGCGGAUAAUUUCAUGGUGGAUGACAAGGAUGAUCUAUGGAUCAUCGAUUUCGGAGGUAGCUAUACCGAGGGAUGGGUAGACCCGGAGUUAAAAGAGACGGAGGAGGGCGACGAUAUGGGGCUGAGGAAGAUCACGGCGGCGUUGCAUGAUCCUGAGGAGAAUACCUUUGACCCGAAUGAGGAUGGGGAGGAUGGGGAGGAUGAUGAAGAAGUCAAGGGCGAGGUCGAGGAGAUGCAGAUGCAGGAGGAAGAUGCGAGGGGGAAGAAGGCGCCGAAGCUCAAGAAGGAAAGCUCUCUAUUCGUGACAGAGGUCGUCUCCGAGGAAAAGGCGAUUCGUGCCGUGAGCUCUAGCGCAGAAGUCGAGGAGGCGGGAGAGGAGAAGAAAAUCGAAGCCCCUGAAGGCGCGAGCAACAGGAAGCGCAAGGUCGAUGCCUCUCGCGAGGACGAGGAUGAUUCCAGUAAAAGCAACAAGCGCGGCAGAAAAGAGUGAUGAGAGAUCGAAUUCAUAUCCAUCUCGUGGGUCGCCCACGGUGCGAGUUCUCCUCGAUAUUGCCACUAGGAGGAUCGGUCCGGCGACCAGCUUUUUGAUGAUGGCAGAAGCCCAUGGCAGCUUCCUGCCUGUCAUGCGCUCUGCCUCUGGUGAUCGCCAACGUUGUUUCCAUCGGAAGCAACAAUUGCAGAACCAACCUCUGGCUGCGAUGAUUCAACUCAGCAUUUCAAGCCUUCAAAAGCUCAGGUCAGAAACCUCGUCACAAGAAAGAUCACAGUCGCCUAAAGUUUCAUCGAAGAUGAAGCGAACGCAGCAUGGAGCUACAGCGUACGAUUGAGUCAUAAUUGAGCCCUUGCUCCUCCAUGGACAAGACACCUGUGAUGUCUUUCCAAUCUACCAUGCACCACUGCGCUGUGCUUUCAAGCUGUGUAUCAGGCAGAAGCGGGC